AAUCGUGGAUUCCAAUCUCCAGAGGUGAUGUGAGGAGGACCCAAGCGAGACGAGGGUGGGAUCCGCAGAGGAGCUGUCCGUCCGUCGUGGUGCUGAUGCGGCUGUGAGGCGAGCAUGGCUGCCGGGAAGUUGCUGCUCUACACCGGGCUCGCUCUGUCUCUCUGCGCCCUGGGCAUGCUGGCCGUGGCGAUGUGCUCCGACCACUGGUACGAGACCGACGCCAGGCGCUACAAAGAGCGGUGCCAGAGCUUCUCCAGCCGCCGCAAGGACCCGGGCUUCAUCUACAUCCCCAACAACAGCCUGCCGCUGCGGGCCGGCAGGAGCGCCGCGACCCGCUGGGAGGAGAAGAUGCUCCUGGCCCGCAACCGGCGGCAGCUGUACGCCAUGAGCGCCGCGGACGAGUGCAACAGGCAGUACAACUCCACCAACAUGGGGCUGUGGAGGAAAUGCCACCGGCUGGGGUUCGACCAGGGAAUCGAAGAUCUCAUUCGGAAAGGUUCCAUCGCAAGAUGCUCCUACAUCAAGUACCACUACUCCUCGGGCACAAUACCCAAAAAUCUCUCCUACAACAUCACCAAGACGAUAAGGCAGGAUGAGUGGCACUCCCUCCAUUUACGGCGAAUGACUGCGGGGUUCAUGGGCAUGGCGGUGGCCAUCAUCCUGUUCGGUUGGAUCAUCGGCAUGCUCGGUUGCUGCUGGGACCGAGGACUCAUGCAGUACGUGGCGGGCUUGCUGUUCCUGAUGGGAGGCACCUUCUGCAUCAUCUCCCUGUGCACCUGCGUCGCUGGCAUCAACUUUGAGCUCUCGCGCUACCCGCGCUACCUGUACGGCCUGCCCGAUGACAUCGGCCAUGGCUACGGCUGGUCCAUGUUCUGCGCCUGGGGAGGUCUGGGCCUGACCCUCAUCGCGGGCUUCUUCUGCACGCUGGCGCCCUCCGUGCAGCCGAUACCGAGGUCCACCUGCCCCAAGUCCCGCCAGGAGAAUGGCACCGUGUGCUAAAGCGGCCCCAAAAAGCUCCCCCGAAGCAGAGAAAAUAUCCAUUUCUCCAUCCGUCGACCUUUCAUCGCUCUGUCCUGGUCACCGUUUUUUUUUUCUUUCUUUUUUUUUCUGUGUUCAAACAUGGGUGUUUGAUGAUCUGCUAUGUUGAAGAAAAAAAAUAUGGAAAAAAAAAAAAAAAAAAAAACCCCCGCCAGAAAUAGUAUCAGAAAAUACCAAGUUGUGCGUGUUUAAUUGUUGUGGAGGGGGUAUUGCUUUUGAGAAGGACAUUUGCAGUCAUGAUCUUCGCUAAAGAAGAGGAUAAAGAGUAUGAAUUUGAACUGUGACUACGGAGCAAUCACUUCCAAAAUCAAAGAAAGAAAGACUUCGAGGUUUCGUGUGGAUUUGGCCUCUUGGCAUAUUUCUUCGAGGAAUGGACCUGACGGAAUAAACUACCGGUACUCAAGCUGCCGAAGUUACCUUGGGAUAUAUGGACCGAGGUCGUUGUAUUAUACUGUACAGAAUAUUCCAGAGACAAGCAGGAAGUAUCAUUCCAUCCCCCUUUAGGCGCAUAUGACGAUACCAUAGCUACCAUUUUCUACAUUGAUUUCCUUUUUAAUGAAGCCAUUCACAUUGUGAACGAACUGAGCAAAUGUGUGUUAAGAAUUUAGUUCCUAUUGUAGUCCUUAGAAGUAAAUGUACGUAUGAAGUGUGUUUGUGUGUUUGUGCGUGUGUGGUGGAGAGUUGUUCGACAGUUUUCAUGCAGGGGGACAUGUAAAAAUUAUCAUAAUGGCAAAAUGGAGCCCUGUAUUUUGUCAGAAGUAUUGAUGAUGGAGAGAUGCAGUAUCCUGUUUAAUCCAACUGAUUCACGCAACGACUAAAGUGUUAAACUGGUCCACCCGACCUGGAACGAUGGGAAAAUCUGAUUUCACUACCUGGCGGGAUUCAUCACGGCUCGGGAAAGAAUAAAUAUCAAAGCACAAAGUCAUAAAGGAAACACUUUGCUGUAUGAAAGUUUUCUGGUUCUGUAAGAUUCCCCCGAAGAAAAAAAAAAAAAAAAAAAGAUUAUUUCCAUUGAUUCAUCUCGCAUAGGGACAUCAGUAGUUGAUACGAAUCGAUGCAACAUCCAAAUUAACAUUUACGACGUUACGGUUGCUAAAUCUGUCAAGCUUUUGGAACAACUUGGGGAGAUAAUCAGAUUUUUCUUUUUCUUUUUUCUUUUUUACGUAACUGGGUGAGCUCCAAUUACUAUGCCCAUAAUUUUAAAAAGCAAAAAUGUUAAAGGCCUAUAAAAUCGUUGAACCGGGGCACAUACUGUAUGGCUGGUAUUUUGACGUUAGCAUUUCGGUUAAACUAUUUUACAGACCACACAUGGAUAUUGCUCACCUUGGAGCAGACAAAGGGUGUGGCUGUCCAUUUUCGAGGUAUCUAACAAACUGUUAAAAUAAUAAUCAUAACAAUACUACUAAUAAUAAUGAUACAUUCCCUUUAAAUCUCUCUGGACAACGUGGGUCACUUAUCCAAGGUACUCCAAGCACAUCAUUGAACAAUGAUUACCUUGAAAAAGAGCUAUUAUUUUGUUGUUUUGAGUUUUUGGGAAUAAAUUGUUAUCCAUGAAGAUUCAUUCCCAUUGUGAGUUAUUACUUGGGCACUUGAUGGAGAAUUACUAUUAUCCAUCACUUUACGCCUGGAAUCCAUAAUGAAAUAAUUGUUUUUAUUUUACCAGGUUGUUACGCUAUAUUAAACAAUGAUCCUAAUUGAGGAUAAUAUUUAUUUUGGAUGCAAAAAUCUGCUCAUUCAGUAUUACUGUCGCGUUUGAAGUGCAUGGGGUUUUCUGGUUGUCAGUAUUGAUCGUAUUUGGCCACAUUUAUUGAGCUACAACAAAACGGGUGAAUAUGGUUCAGAUAUGCUACAAUUUCUUUUAACUUGUCAAGUUGGAAUGUUUUUUUUCUUUUUUUUUUUACUUUCAUUCCAGGCACGCGCCCUCGGAAGUGCACCUGAGGCAAUUGAGCAUGAAAUUACUUUAACCCUACCAGACAUCAAGGGCUCUGCUGCUCAAAAUUUUCAUCGACAAUGAAAAGGAUGCAAGGACAUGCACACGUGCAGACAGACCCAGCUUUUAAAAAAAUCGGAACAAUGAGCUACAAGAGGGUUAAAAAUAAAAUAAAAAAAGCACAUUGUCAAGGCCUUAUUAAUUCAUUGUAUUCACUUCCAUAAUGCCAGAUGACAAAGCGACAGUGCGCAGGCAAACAGGAGACUCCUACAGAAACGUCCAUUUUACAAUAAAGUAUUGACGCAUCCGAUAUCAACAUGAAACUACUCAGAUUCAGACCUUACCAAAGAUAAACUCUUCGCACACAACAACAACAAAAAAUGUUGCUGAUUGACACCGCUUUAACCAAUAUUUACAGUGUUCCUGAGUUUUAGUGAGUCAUCCCUGAGAAGCACAUCGUCAUGAGAGUAUGCCACAGAAUGGACGGCCCUGAAAAAUCCAACCAUUUGAUGUACCUGAAAAGCAUCGCGAGUCUUUUUGUAAUGACAGUGGUACUGCAACUCCCAUUCUGGACAGAAUCAAACAUGAUCUGUCAACCUUUAACAUGAGUAACGUGUCUGUCGAGUGAACAUAAAACAAGAUUUGGAAGAAGAAAAAAAAAGAGGAAAUGUUCAACUGUGGAAUGUAAAAUCAAAACAGAAUAAAAUCUCAU